AUGACCACCGCAAUAAGUGACACAGAAUCGGAGAACGAAUUAUUUGAAGCCGCACUUAGAGAAGCACAAGAAGCCGCAAAACCUCCACCAAAGAAGAAGCCCACCGCAAGUAAGUGACAAACUGAGCUAUCCAAGGAUGGCACAGUAGAGAAAUCUGCAAGCUUCAUAAAAACUGUACAGUGACUAUGAGGAACAGAGAAUGUCAUAUGCUGGUGACUUCCUAUCCACACUUAUCAUCUCAAAGUUUGCGACAGUACUAGGAAGCCUCAAUGCAGUGGAAUCAUCAGAGAAACUGUCAGAGGAACUACUCAACGACAAGCUUCUGAAGGACGACGUGUCAUACCUCACAAGAACGAUAUCCCCCAACAUUCCAUUUAUAGGAUUCGUAUCAGGUGGCUGCACAACGGCUAAGCAUGUAGUCGUUCACAAAUGGAAAAAGGAAGAGGAACCUCCUAAGGAAACAGAAGUGGUACCUAAAGAUUAA